UAACGUCUUACCUCCUGACGACUAUGGAGGGCAGCGGUUUCCCUCCCUGCAUUCACAACCUGCCGGAAUUUCAAUAGAAGAAGAAGGAACAGUUUUCCCCGGGUUUCUAAAAUUCUACGUUACGUAGCUUUAUGCUGUUGACCAACUAGCUAACUGCCCAUAACAUGAUUUGUAGUUUGCAAAAACUAACAUUAUAACUUGCUUCGUGUUGGAUAAGGGACAUUCGAAGCUGCCAAAGAAUUUCUAAUAAGGGUUUGACGCUCGCUAGGAAGUUAGCUAGCUAGCUAACAUGGCGUGCUAGCUUCAGAAGUCGCCUGUCAACACAUUAGCUUACAUGCCAACGUUAGCUGCUGCUUCGGUUCAUAUGGGAAAGUGUAAUUAAGUGUUUCUGCUAUUGUCAGACACGGAGGAUGAAGGUAAAGAUCCGACAGUGGAACGGAGUGGCCUCUUGGUUGUGGGUGGCUAAUGACGAAAACUGUGGGAUCUGCAGGAUGCCCUUCAAUGGCUGCUGCCCAGACUGUAAAGUGCCUGGGGAUGACUGCCCACUGGUCUGGGGUCAGUGCUCUCACUGUUUCCACAUGCACUGCAUCUUGAAAUGGCUGAACUCACAGCAGGUCCAGCAGCAGUGCCCCAUGUGCCGACAGGAGUGGAAGUUCAAAGAAUGAACCUGUGGAGUAUGCCUGCAGAGACUCUUGUUGGGAUUUAGUUUUUAUAUCAGCUGUACAUAACUAUGUUUUUCUACUUCUCUGUUUGAUGUAACGCAAAGGACACUUGAAACCUACUGUAUUCCGUUUGCCAAUUUAGUAUGUGAUUAAAUGGAAGGGGGAAAAAACCCUACACUGUACUGUAUGCUUCUUGCUUUGCACGGUACAUGGGAGUGACAAAGUGUUUCAUCAGAAUGGUUGAUUGCCCCAGAAGCCUCUGGCAGCAGUUUGAAGCAUAUGACCUGAAUAUCAGUGUGCUGCUGACUGAUUCUGACUUUAAUCCCUCUCCAUGAGAUAAACCAGAUUGUUUUGUGUUUCCACUAAUGAGCCUCAAGAGGCUCUUAAUAAACUGUUUCUAGAUACGA